AUGGAGGCCAACCGCACGUCAUACAUGGCGGCGGAGAGCCUCUCGCAGGCGCGUGGGCUGUCGGCAUCGAUAUCCUCGCUGUCAUCGUCAGCCUCGGGCCGCAGCGGCACGGCAUCGCACAUCUCCAAAACAUACCGUCAGGCGUCAACCCUCUUCCUCACGCGCCGCUUGCCCGAGGCGCUGUCGACCGUGCUUCCGCUGGUCUCGCCGCCUCAGUCUGACGACAAGGACGGUCCAACCGAGCCAGCACCGGUCAUCCGGGCGUCGCGGUCAUCGAGGAUCAAGGUCUGGAGCCUGUACCUGACCGUCCUGAAUGCCAUCGCCGAGCUCCAUCCGGACGACGGCAAAGACGCGUUUGGCGCCCAGGAGUGGCGGGCUCUCUGCUACAAGGUCCGUUCGGGAGAGAUCUGGGAGGAGGUCGUCCGCAACGGAUAUCACGGCGUCGAGGGGGAUGUAGACGCGGAAGUGGUUAUCAACCUAGCUACGCUCCUCCUCGCCCAUGCCAAGACCCAGACGCUCAAUCAGAAACGGCUCGAGAACUACCUCGCCGCGGCCCGCACGCCCAACUUGGACAUUUCCGAGGACCGCUUUUCCCAAUCGUCACGCCGCCACCACCACCACCGAUCUCCCUCCAGAAGCCACUCACGCCGCCGGCCGCCGGGCCCCAGCGGCGCCGACACGCCCCGCGACCUCGAGGCUCGCGUCAAGAUCCUCGAGCUCUACACGCUGCACGUGCUCCCGCGCAACGGCGAGUGGGAGUACGCGCGCGAGUUCAUCAGCGUGUCGCCGGUGCUGGACGACGAGCGGCGCGAGGCGUUCCUGCAGGCGCUGGACACGCUGCGCGAGGAGCAGGCCGCGGCCGAGCGGCGGGCAGAGGAGGAGCGCGCCAAGCGCGAGGAGGCGAUCCGCCGCGACAUCGAGGAGGCCAGGCGGCUGCGGGCCGAGAACGAGGCGCGGGAGCGGCGGAGGUUGGAGGAGGAGCGGGCCAAGAGGGAAGAGGCGGAGAAAGAGAAGGAGAGGGAGCGGGAGCGGGAGCGGGAGCGGGAAAGGGCCAAGGCGACCGAGCGCGACUUCGGCGUCGACGAAGGGUCCCCCGUCGCUGCGAUCUCGCCCACACCGUCUGCGCCGAAGACCGGCAAGCCGUCAGCCGACACCAGGACACCGGCGGGCGGGGCGGGAAGUGUGGCGAGGCGUGGAGGAGGAGGAGGAGGAGGACCCUUGCCCAGAAGGGGAGGGGCAGGUGGGGGUAACUCGGUCGCUUCGCCGACGCUCAUGUCCAGGGCGUCGACGGUAUUGAACAACCUCCGGGUGCUCGUGGACGAGAUCGCCCAGGCGUUCCAGACGAACCCUUAUGUCUUGCUGCGGAUGCUGGCCUUUGUCAUUGGACUGCUUCUCCUCCUGAGCCGGAAGAGGGUCCGCGAAAGGAUGGCCCGUAUUAUCGGGGUGAGCUGGAACAAAGUGAAGGCGACGAUUGGUAUGGGCACCAAGGUCAGCUAUAUCUGAAAACAACCAACCGCGCAACCGGGCGGAGCCGGGGUUGAAUAAUGUUACGGAAAGGUGUUAGGGGGUUCGAUUUCCUUUGUAUCAGUACUCCGUAUCGCGCUGGGCUAUGAUGGCUCUAGCUUCAUUUUUCUUUGUUGAAUGUAUGAGAUGACACACUCUGUAUUCGCUUGGCCGACAUAGGCCACAUAAAAAAACAUAUUGACAAUGUG